CCAAAUUCAACAGUGUGUUCAUAGGUGCUUAACACUAUAAAUACCCAUGUACCCACCCUCACAUGCACUAGUUGGCAUCUCUAACAACUCCUUAAUUAUUAGGUUGGUUUCAGAUAAAAAAAACUAGUUUUUAUAUUCAUACAUACAGGAGCUCCAAAUCACAAGCUGAAAGAGUGGUUUUUUGUCUUAGAAAAGGCGGUUUUCCGGCAUCCAAGCAUCAUGGGAAAUUGCAUAGAGACCUCCACAAACAGCCAUGAAGUGGAAAGAAAGCAAGAAAAUCAAGAAAAGGGAGGUUGUUUUGAGGAAAGUGGUUUUCAGGCAGGUGGUGGUGGUGUGAGGGUUAAGUUGGUGUUGACAAAGGAGGAGUUGGAGUGGCUGAUGUUGCAGCUGAAGGGUAAAAGUGGAAAAAGACUUGAAGAUGUGUUGGGAGAGAUAGAGAGAGUAAGAGGGAAAGUUGUAGGUUGGAAGCCCAACCUAGAGAGCAUCAUGGAGAGCCCUGAAGUUCUUGAGAUGGACAGAUCAUCAUCAGCAUAAGAUUUUCAAUUGCAUAUGCCGAUAUGUAUCGGGAUUCUGGAGUCUCAAAAUCGAUGCAGACCGAUUAAUAUAUGACUGUAUUGUCGAUACUGAUACUGAUGCAUAUUGUCCAUCCUCUUCUUCUAUUGUGGUGGAUUUAUGAUAUGGGUGAUGAUCCAAAUUUGUAAUUAUGUUUUGCCUCAAGGGGAGCCCUGUUCUUCAACUGCAAUCUUCUCUCUCCUUUAUUUUAUUUAUUUUUAUUUUUUUUUAGAGGUUUUUGAUGUAGUUGAUGACUUAAAGUUUGUAAUAAAGUUUUUCCUACCUGUUUAAACUAUAAGUAUUGAUAUUGAUCCUGAA